AUGGAUUCCCGAGGUAAAGGUAAACAAACCGGUUCUAACCAAAGACGCAAAUCCACGCAAGGCGGUUCAAGUCAAAAUAUUUCAUUUUCUUCUCCAACCUUUCAUAACCCAAAUCCAAACUAUCAACAAUACCAAAAUUACCAACAAAACCAAAACUACCAACAAAACCAAAGCUAUCCACAACAAUAUUACCCGGUGCAACAAUCUUACAACACAUUUACGCUUUCAGAGGAAAAUAUGAGUUAUAAUCCAUGUAAUCAGUUUUCUCAAAGGGUUUCAGAAACUCAAUUCCAAUCUUCCCAACCCGAGCAUUUCCAGUUCCGUGAUUCUCAGAACGUAGAAUCUGAGAGUUCUAGUGACGAUCCGGUUCCCGAAAGAAAUGAAGAAGAAACUAGCGAGGAGUUGCGACCUGUUGUUGAGAAAAAACGCACCUUUACAAACCGCCAGAAGUCAAAAAAAAUGGGUGGAACGCGAAGAGUUGGCUUUGGCUAG